UUAUUUUGGCAUUUGUUUAAUUGAUUCAAUGCCUUUUUUUUAUUGUGGUGUGCUGCACGUUAGAAUCGCCCAGUGACGAAGUUAAAGUUACGUCAAAAGGAGGCACCAGUGAGGCGACAAUAACAACAAUAGCAACGAGAACAAGCGUAGAAUAGCGUUUAGCCGUGUGGCAGUCUUUGGCGCCUCGUCUCCCCGCCCCUCGUUUUUGUCACGAGUUACCAUUUGUUAUACUUGUUUUUGUUAUUUUGUUUUUACUUACUUUCGCUUUUCAUAUUACCCAUUGCUGAUUUCCAGCCGGCAUCGGCAAGGCCAACAACAACGCUUAUGUAAAGUGUAAUAUGGAAGCAUGUCUUCCACAUCCAGCUACGUGCUAGCGCUGUCAUCGUUCAAUUUAUUAUUGUUCACCCAAGUGCUAACGGUGCUCAGUAUCACAAUCAAGUACAACGAAUACGCGACGGAUAAGGGCGGUAAUGUCAGCAUACCAUGUAUAGCAGAGGGCAGUAUAAUGUGGGUUAAGGAACACGGCAGUAAUAGCACCAUUAUUCAGACUGGGCGUGUGUUGUUGUUGCGCAAUGUGAAUACUUCGGAUAGCGGCAUUUAUGUGUGCUUUGCGACGCUGCCACUGGCAACAACGAGAACAACAUCCAUAAUAGCGACCACAGUCACAACCACAAUACCAGCGACUACCUCACCGCAGCAGCAAUCAUUGGAAGGGGAACAGCAGGAUGAACAGCAGCAGAAGCAGCCAGCCAUUCAGGAUGAAGUGGAGCAGGUGGAGGAGGAGGAGCGAGCGUAUCAGGCUUUUCAACGAAUCAAGCUAACGGUGCGCACCACACCUGGCCCGGUGACACAGCUCUAUUUUAAGGCGUCCACCAUACUGGGCUUUCUCAUUUGGCGUUUCAAUAAGACUCAAUCCGGUGGCUACCCGGUGCGCAGUUUUACCGCUGAAUUUCGCAAUGUUUCGUAUAAAACCCCGCCGGCAAAUGCCAGCUUUGAGAACGAGUGGAGUCGCAUGGAUCCCAUUAAUAUAGCGCCCAACGUGCGACAAAUGGAGGUCUAUCGCUUGGCCCCCAACACCACAUACGAGUUUCGAAUAUGGGCCAACAAUGAGUUGGGCAGCGGUGAAGUGGUCACCACCAAUGUGACAACAUUGCCGGAGACCAAGGAAGAGGAUCUCAUACGCCUUAUAAAACCCGACUUAGAUAAUUUCGAUCCACGCAUUUGGAUAGUCGCCGUCAGUAUAGUGCUGGGAACACUUGUGAUAUUAGCCAUUGGACUCUGUAUUGUGCUCUCUAAGGAGUGCUAUCAAUCAACGCAAAUGGAACUUCAAGAUGGUUGGGACAGCAUUGAGCUUAUACCGAAUAUAAUACUUAAUCCUGGUUUCAGUGAAUCCGACGGAGCCAAGAGCGUGCCGCCAUUUACGCGCACCGUCAUCUUUGGCCACAAUGGACAACAAUACAAUGAUGAUGAUUACGAUGAGGAUGAUGAUUACGAUGAGGACGUGGAGCCGACAAUGGAAAAAUUGAAGCGUAAAGUUUCCGUGUUUUUUACAGGUCCCACCAUUAAACGUAUUUGAAAGUACAAAGUCCAAUUUUAUGGCUACACAUAUACAGAUCUAUUUAGGUUGUUGAUUGUGCUACGGUUUAACCCAUAUACACAUAUGUUUGUACAAUACUAUGUAGAGCUUAUAAUUUGUGCUAUAGGCCAAUAAUUAUUUGAUUAGGUUUCAUUUGCCAAAACACAAGAUUUUAUAUACUACUAAACGCUAUUUGAGGUUCGCAUUAAAAACGCUUUGGGCAAAUCGCAUUCAAAUAUAUUUAGUUAUUGUUAUUAUUAGCUUUUGUAAACGAUUAGACUUUCUACUUUAAAGUGAGCUUCAAGAAGAACUGAAACUUUAAAAUAUGGAAACAAAUCCCUGGCUAGUUUUGCUAAUUUGAAACUUCAAUCGAUUUUCCAUCAUAGAUAAGCUCACUUUUGUAGAUAACCCAGAUUACAAAUGCUUCAUCAAAGUUGACUAAAAACGUUAGCAAACAGUAUAUCUGACAUUAGUUUUCGAAAGAAGUGUCAAACAUUUCGAGCUCAUAUUUUGGUCAGGUUAGAGACGAGACACACACUCACACUCAUACAUAUUAACAUGUGUAUUUUACAUAAUAAAAUUACAAAUAUAUUGCUGUGAUACAAAUUCAAUUGAAGGACAUUGUAAGGAUAUAUUAAUAUGUACUCGUAAAUAGCAAAAUCAAAUCGAAUCAAAUCAUACACACACAAGCCUUUAUGUAUUUUAAUUAAGUAGCUAAUUAUUGUUAUUUUAAAAGAGCCUUCAUCAGAAAUUUGCUGAAGAACAUUCCCUUUUAGAAUAUCCAAAGAAAUGUAGAAAACCUUGGAAAGUAUUGGUUAGUUAGCAAUUCCAGUGAAAAUAGCAACAACAACAAAAAGAAGAAGAAAAGAAAACGAAAUUUAAAUUGCUGCUUAAAGCUGCAGUCUCCAGUUUACAAUUAUGUGUUUUUAUAUCCCUAAAAUAAUAAUCAAAAACGAAA